AUGACGCCCUAUCUGCCGCCCGCUACGGGCACCGCCAUCAACACGGACCUGGAGUCGGCAAACACCAACGCGCCGACGAUGACGCGCGCGUCACGAGAGGACGAAGCGAAUAGCCUGGAUGGCCUCGUACACCUGAACGGGGUUGUCCCCGUGGAGACGAACUCACCAAUGGGUCAGUCGGUCGGGCCUUUCACCGUCGUCAUGUUAAACAUCGGCAAUAUUAUAGGAAUCGGCGUCUUCUCAACCUCUUCCUCCAUCCUCAAAGGCACCGGCUCAGUCGGCAUGAGCAUGAUCUACUGGACCAUCGGGAUUCUCAUCGCCGCCAGCCACCUCGCGGUAUUCCUCGAGUUCGCCUGCUACUUCCCCAAGCGCUCAGGGUCGCUAGUCGUCUUUCUCGAGCAGUCCUACCCGAAGCCGCGAUACCUCUUCCCCAUCAUGAUCGCCCUGGUCGGCCUCGUGCUCGGCUUCGGCAGCAGCAUGGCUCUCGUGUUGGCCAAGUACAUCUUCCAAGCCGUCGGGCACACGUACACCACCUGGGAGCUCAAGGGCCUCGCCGUGGCGGGCUACACGGCCGUCAUCGUGCUGCUGACGCUCAGCAAUCGUGUCUCGUACUGGGUCAUCAACGCCAUGGGCGUCGUCAAGAUCGCCACGCUCGCACUCAUCUCGGUCGCUGGCCUGGCCGUGCUGGGCGGCCGCGUCCCCACCAUCCCCGACCCGCUCGCGAACUUCCGCGACCCCUUCUCCGGAACCGCCACCGCGUACGGCCUGACCAACGCCCUCGUCAAGAUCAUAUUCUCCUACGCCGGGUCUGGAAACGGCAUCAACGUGCAAGGCGAGCUCAAAAAGUCCGGCAAGAGCCUCCGCAAUAUGGAGUUCCUCGCCCUGGGCGCCACGGGCAUCCUGUUCGUCCUCACCAAUCUCGCCUUCUUCACCGCUAUCCCAAAACACGAACUGGAAAACUCGACUGAGAUCGCGGCAAGCAUGUUCUUCCGCAAGGUGUUCGGCGACUCGGGCUGGGUGCGCGGCCUCAAUGUGCUCAUCGCCCUCUGCACCCUCGGCAGCAUAGUCUCCACAACGCUCGGCCUGUCGCGCAUGACGCGUGAGUCGGGCCGUCAGGGCGUCAUACCCUGGACGCGGUUCUGGGUCUCGACUAGGCCCUUCGGCACGCCGCUGGGCCCGUACGCGUGGCGGUGGGCGCUGACAACGCUCAUGAUCCUGGUCGUUCCCACCGGCGACGCCUUCAACUUCAUGGUCGAUCUGCAGAUGUACCCGGGUGUGUUUUUCGAGCUCGCGCUUAAUAUUGGCCUGGUCGUGGUGCGGAUUCGUCGGAGGCGGCGUGACGAGCCGAGGCCACAGUUCCGCGCCUGGAACGCCGCAUUAAUCGUCAACACGCUCGCGUCGUUGGCCGUCAUCGUAAUGCCGUGGUAUCCUCCUGACGGUGGUCCGUACGCCGGCGACGUCAGCUUCUGGUACGCGACGUACGCUGCGGCAGGAGUCGGUGUGCUGGUCGCCUGCGCGCUAUAUUACCUGGUCAAAAUCCACCUGAUGCCACGAUGGGGAGGUUAUGUCAUCCGCGAUGCGACCGUGGUGCUUCAAGACAACGUCCAGACCAACAUGCUCGUCAAGGUUCCACUAGGGGAGCUUGCUAGCUUGGAUGAGGCACACAGAGGGUCACCCUCCAACAAUUCGACGUUGGAGCCAAACAGUGGCAAAAGACUCCGAGAGCAAAUGACCGUGACGCUUCAGGUACCGCCUGCGGGAAUUGUUUAA